CUGUUGGCAUGUAAUUUCCCUAAAAGUUAGAUUUGACUUCUGAAUGUCAAGAACGUCCAACGAAAACAGUUUUAAUUGUUUAUAUGUUUGACCGUAUUUAAAGGACACGGAAUAUCAGCGUGGGAAUGAUUUGAUUCGGAUGAAAAUAUCGAUCACGUCGAUGAUCAUGCCCACUUCGAAACUAUACAGUUGAGAUGUGGGUGACAUAGGAUUUCGUAAUUGUUUUCCGAAUCAGAAAGCUGUUUCUUUAAAAUACUCUGAUCAUUUAAAUUUCACUUGGUUCUUCAUAACAUGGCAGCAAUUGUAGACCAAACUCCAACAUCAGCAAAAUCAGUAGUUGAUCUUUUUGUACCUGAUAAGAAUUCUAUAGAAACAGCAAAACAUGAAAUUACAGGUCUUGAUGAAAAGAAUGUACUUGUGAGCCCUUCAGCUGAACAGUAUGAUGCUUUAGUUAAGAGGUUACAACAAAGAAUUGAAAGUGGCCAUGGAGAGGUUAUAUACACAAUUGGAAUAGGAACAGAUAGUGGAAAUGAUGGACUUACUGAAGAAGAACUGGAAGCCUCUGUGGCCACAUUAAAAAGCAUGGCAAGUUCACUGGAAGCAGAUUGUGCAGUCUUGAGAAAACAUAAAGUUGGAAUGAAUUAUGUUUCUGAAUAUCUAGUGAGAAAAAAGGCUGCAGAUAAUGAUUUUGUUGAAGUGAGAGUUGCUGUGGUUGGAAAUGUCGAUGCAGGAAAAAGUACAUUACUGGGUGUCCUGACUCAUGGAGAAUUAGAUAAUGGGAGAGGGUUUGCAAGACAAAAAUUGUUUAGGCACAAACAUGAAAUGGAAUCUGGAAGAACAUCCAGUGUUGGCAAUGAUAUUCUAGGGUUUGAUAGUUGUGGAAAUGUUGUAAAUAAACCUGACAGUCAUGGUGGGCAGAUGGACUGGGUUAAAAUAUGCGAAACAUCUGCAAAGGUUAUAACAUUCAUUGAUUUAGCUGGUCAUGAACGCUACUUAAAAACUACCAUCUUUGGUAUGACAGGGCAUGUUCCGGAUUUCACAAUGCUUAUGAUUGGUGCAAAUGCAGGCGUAGUUGGAAUGACUAAAGAACAUUUAGGAUUAGCUCUUGCCUUGAAUGUUCCAGUAUUUGUUGUUGUAACAAAAAUUGACAUGUGUCCUCCAAAUGUACUACAAGAUACAAUGAAAUUACUUGUUCGCAUUUUGAAGUCACCAGGAUGUCGAAAAAUACCUGUAAUUGUCCAUUCAGAAGAUGAUGUUAUAGUGUCUGCUACAAAUUUUGUUUCUGAAAGAUUAUGUCCCAUAUUUCAAGUUUCAAAUGUUACUGGAAAAAAUCUAGAUCUCUUAAAAAUGUUUCUUAAUCUUUUAUCUACUCGAAUGCCUAAUUCUGAUUCAGAUCCUGCUGAAUUUCAAAUAGAUGAUACUUAUUCUGUUCCUGGUGUAGGUACAGUUGUUUCUGGUACAACUCUGAAAGGAGUCAUUAGACUUAAUGACAUCUUACUAUUGGGUCCAGAUCCUCUGGGUCAUUUUCAACCUGUUGCAAUCAAAUCUAUUCAUCGUAAAAGGAUGCCCGUUCGUGAAGUGCAUAGUGGGCAGACUGCCUCAUUUGCAUUGAAAAAGAUCAGAAGAUCAGAUAUUCGUAAAGGUAUGGUCAUGGUGUCUUCUGCUUUAAAUCCUGAAGCUUGUUGGGAAUUUGAAGGUGAAAUACUCGUUUUGCAUCAUCCAACAACAAUCAGUCCACGCUACCAAGCAAUGGUCCAUUGUGGAAGUAUAAGACAGACAGCCUCCAUUCUCAAAAUGUCCAAAGAAUGUUUGAGAACAGGAGAUAAAGCCAUUGUACAUUUUCGCUUCAUAAAAAAUCCCGAAUAUUUGCGUGCAGGGAUGAGAAUGGUAUUUCGCGAAGGAAGAACGAAAGCCGUGGGCAACGUCGUGCAUCUCAUUCCCAACAGUACGGCCACAUCUCAAUUGGCAAGAUCGAAACCGAAUAAAAUGAGACCAGCCAAUUCGGUCAGUCCACCCGGCUCCGAUUCUCCUACCUUCGAGAGAAAAGAGAACGAACCACAAAAGUCCAAUAAAAGGAAUAGAGGAAGACAUCGAACAAACCGAACGACAGCACCACCAGUGUGAUUGUGAUAUCUUAGUAAAUGCAUAUCUGUUUUAAAAGGUUAAUAAAUCACAAAAUGUUUUCGUCCUGA